UCAUGACGAUCACGUCGCAAUAAUGACGCCGUCUCCCCUCGUUGGAUUUGGUCGCUGACAAAAAGCGAGAGUAGCAAGCAUUGCUUUCUCUUAAAAGACCGUAACCGAGCGCCAGCCACAGGGAACAGGCUCUGCCCCCGGAACUUUACGCGUAGGGGUUUCCCGCCACGAAAAAGUUCGGAGUCGGUAACGGAGGCCGACGAGGUUGUGUUUCUCGCCGCCCCUGGCUCGCGACUCCGGUCGAAUUUACCUCAAGUAAAGGGGCGGAAGCGGAGGAAGAGAAACUCGUCGCUAUGGCAACCUUGACAGCCGGGAACUUCGGUCGACGGCCCUGCUGGAGAACGAAGCAUAGAGUACUUCCGGCGGCGGCGGCAAGAAGGGGGGGAAAGACUGUGACCGGAAGGGGUUGCGCUUUGUUUGGAGCAGAAGAGGUCGGAGUGAGGGUCUUGGGGCCAUAAAUCAUUCUGGAAUGCCUUUGAAAAAUUUAUAUCACAAAGCUAUAACAAAUACUGCUAUAGUUUGUAAACUGUACGGUACAAAUAUUGCAACCACUCAGUUGAUCGUUUACGCGACAUUUUUAAAAGUUGCUUGAUUGAAGGACGCAGCCGUGACAAGAAGAUGCCUGACCGUGACACCUAUAACGGUAGUGGUAGCGAUGAGGCAAGCGCCAAUGCCGAUGACAUCUGCCGAGACUUCCUGCGCAAUGUCUGCAAGCGGGGCAAACGUUGCCGUUUCCGCCACCCUGACAUGAACGAGGUGACCAACUUGGGGGUCAGCAAGAACGAGUUCAUCUUCUGCCACGACUUUCAGAACAAGGAGUGCGUCCGCAUCAAUUGCCGCUUCAUCCACGGCACCAAAGAGGACGAAGAUUGCUACAAAAAGACCGGGGAGCUUCCCCCGCGCCUCCGCCAGAAAGUGGCAGCCGGGCUUGGCCUGUCCCCGGCUGACCUCCCCAACAGCAAGGAAGAGGUUCCCAUCUGCCGAGAUUUUCUCAAGGGGGAUUGCCAACGUGGGGCCAAGUGCAAAUUCCAGCACCUGCAGCGGGAUUAUGAAUACGACGCCCGGGGCUUGACUACCCGGGAACAGGGUAUCACCACCCCUGUGCGUCGCUAUGACCCCUAUGACCCAAUGUAUGACUCUGACCGAUGCUAUGAUGACCACGACCCUGUGCUCAAAAGGAGGCGAGUAGACGGGCUCCACUUUGAAACGUAUGAGUACAACUUCACUAGUCCGCGCACGGUGGAAUAUCGUCUCCUGGAAGAAGAAAACAUCAUGCUCCGCAAACGAGUAGAGGACCUCAAAAAGCAGGUCAACAACCUCCUGGCCACCAACGAGGUCCUUUUGGAACAGAACGCCCAAUUCCGCAACCAAGCCAAAGUGAUGACCCUCAGCUCCCCGGCUACAGCCACCGAGCAGACUCUGGCUCCGACUGUGGGCACUGUGACCAACUAUAACCACAGCAUUGCCCAAACUCACACGACUCUGAGCAGCCAAGCCCUGCAGCCACGUCCCGUCUCCCAGCAGGAUUUGGUAGCCCCCGCUGGAGCGCAGGCAGCACCCCCGAGCAACGCAGCCCCUCCUAUGAACCCUGAAAUCACCCCGCUCUCAGCAGCUUUGGCUCAGACCAUUGCCCAGGGGAUGGCUCCCCCUGUAUCCAUGGCCCCCGUAGCUGUAUCGGUAGCGCCAGUGGCUGUGUCGAUGGCUCAGCCUCUGGGGGGCAUUACCAUGAGCCAUGCCACUACUCCCAUGGUGACCUACCCCAUAGCCUCCCAGAGUAUGAGAAUAACAGCCAUGCCUCACUAGCCCACGUUUAGCGGAAGUGCCAUCGUUCAGUCUAUGCCAUGCUGUUCCUAAGUCAAAGACGGGCACAAAUCCUGUUGAAAGUCAAGGCAAAGAGAACGAUACUGAUCCCAGAGGUGGAUCUUGAAGCCUCUGGAACGUUCAUGGGGAAGGACAAUAACCUGGGUUGGCAUUUUGUCUGAAGCAGGCAUAGGGGCUGUCCUUUCACAGUGAAAACAGAGCCCAGGCAUAACAGAAAAGCAAGCAACAAAAGCAUUUGGAAAGUACAGAGGUCUCAGAAGUUUUUUCUCUGUAUCUUAUUUCUGUUUUGCUGUUUGUCUGUUCUCUUUGUAAGUCCUCCAAUUAUGCUUUUGAGUAUAAGAACUGAGCAAAUUUUCCAGCCCGUGGAGUACAGUGUCUAUUGUGUGGCUGAGCAGAGGGAAAAUAACAGUUCCUUCCCUGGUACUGUGCAAUUUUCCUUAACUCGGUCUGAUGAAAGGGCAGAGGCUUAAUAAAAUAGCAGCUCAGCAGACUGAGCUAGCCUGAAUUUUUGCACUCUUUUUUCUUGGUGUAGAAAGGCAGGGAUCCAGGCACCUGGAAUAAAACUACUUUAAAUUGUGUUGGUUUAAUAGACAAUGAACUGGAAAAAGUUGCAGCAAACAGAACGUCCCUUCCUUUGGGGUAGAUUAGCUCUUAGUUCUGGAAAGGACAAGUUCAAAGCACAUACACAGCACUGAUAGCUUGAUAGUUUGCGUAGUGGAGGCAAUUGCGUGCAUUUGCAUACGUGUGUGAAUCCACACACCUCGUGGAUGCACAACACCCACAUAGAUGGCAUCUCUUUACAAGAAUGUUGAGGUUUUCAAAGAGUCCAGGAUUUAGUGACAGGAUCUCUUGCUGCUGAACAGCUGGAUUUCUGGUUGAAACAGGGAUAGGCCAUCUUCCAAACUCAGAGGAGUUCACCCCCCUUUUUCCAAUUGCCUCUUGCUUUCUGGCUGUAUUUUGUGCCUGAAUUCCCCUCACAUCCAAGGACUUUGUGGUAGAACCCUACCUGCUGUAUGUUACUUCACUUUUUGUUUUGUUUUUCAAGGCACCACUUUUUAAUUAUAUAUAUAUAUAAAUAGAUAGAAAGAUACCUUCCCUCAGUGUGAGUUGUUCGUUUUAUUUUCUGGGAGGUGGGAGGGUAUUUUUCUUUUUUCUUUUUGUUUUUUCUAAUGUGAACUUCAGCUCUUCCUUGAGUCUGAAGUAACUGUAUUAAAACGAUUUGAAGGAAAUGAGAAAAAUGUUUGAUAACCCAGCUGUUUCUACAGUUAACAGUAUAAAUGUUUUCAGCUAUUAAAACAAAUGUACAGUCCUCA